AUGGCGUCAAAGCAACAAUUUAAGGAAGAUAGAGCCGAGGCAGCUGCAAAGCUUGCUGCUAAAGAUAUCGGCGAUGUGAAUAGAGCAAACGAGCGUGAGGAAGGGUAUACGCUGAACUCAGAAACGAACUUCAAGCAGGCACGAGCUGAGGCAGCUGCGAAGCUUGCUGCUAAGGAUCUUGAAGACGUUAACAUAGCAAAAAACAAUGCAUUGGGUGCUGAAAACCAACAACAACAUCAUGAUCAGCAGAGACCCGGUGUAAUUGGAUCAAUGUUUAGGGCAGCCAAAGAAGCUGUGGUUGGCAAGAAUCAUAAUGAUUCUGCCACGGGAAAGGAUAAGGAGUACAAGGAUUACACAACAGAGAAGGCAAAGGAAACCACGGACAAAGCAGGGUCAAAGGUUGAAGAAUAUACAGAUUAUGCUGCUCAGAAGGCAAAGGAAACAAAGGAUGCAACGGCGCAAAAGGCUGGGGAGUAUGCAGAUUAUGCUUCUCAGAAAGCAAAAGAAACAAAGGAUGCAACCGUGAACAAGGUUGGGGAGAGCAAGGACUAUGUAGCAGAGAAGGCUAAGGAAGCUAAGGACAAGGCUGGAGAGUUAAAGGAUUAUGCUGCUGAAAAAACGAAAGAAGCUAAAGACACGACAAUGCAAAAAGCUGAAGAAUACAGUGACUAUGCGGCUGAGAAGACAAAAGAAGGGAAGGACACGACAGUGGGGAAGCUUGGGGAGCUGAAAGACUCAGCUGCUGAUGCUGCUAAAAGGGCAAUGGGUUUCUUCACUGGGAAGAAAGAGGAAACCAAGCAGGCCACUAAGGAAAAGCUGAGCGAAACAGAGGAAGAAGCGAGGAGGAAAAUGGAAGAACUGGGCUUGCGAGAUAAGGACAUUAGAUCAGAAGAAGAAGGACGGGGUAGAGAAAAAUUGGUGAUCAAAAUGGAAGAAACGCGACCGGGAGUGGUUGCAGAUGCGCUUAAAGCAGCAGAUGCGCUCAAAGCAGCAGAUGCGGGACGAAAGGACGAAGAAGGCAUCAUUCAUGUGGAGCGCCGUCGUGAGAAAAUGUGA